UUGUCCCAGGGGCUGCUGCUGUGGCUCCUGCUGGGCAUGGGCGGGGUGUGGGCAUCCAGGGGCCCACUCCGCCCACUGUGCCGGCCCGUCAACGCCACCCUGGCUGCGGAGAAAGAGGCUUGUCCGGUCUGCAUCACCGUCACCACCAGCAUCUGUGCUGGCUACUGUCCUAGCAUGGUGCGGGUGCUGCCUGCUGCCUUGCCGCCCGUCCCUCAGCCUGUGUGCACCUACCGUGAGCUGCACUUUGCCUCCAUCCGCCUCCCCGGCUGUCCACCUGGCGUGGACCCCAUGGUGUCCUUCCCUGUGGCCCUCAGCUGUCACUGUGGGCCCUGCCGCCUCAGCAGCUCCGACUGCGGGGGUCCGCGGGCGCACCCCUUGACCUGUGAGCUCCCCCACCUCCCAGGCCUCUUCUUCCUCUGA